AUGGCGUUAUAUAAUGGGUAUAAGCGGUUAUUCAAUAACACACAAUCGACUGAUAUAACUAACCCGAGCAAAUUGCUAUUUCAGAUCGUAAUCUUACAAUGCUUCUAUUAUCUUACUGCGUUGAUCGUAUUUUAUUUGGUAUCGUCGCUAAAUGGAUAUGAGUUCCGAAUCGAUUGGGUAUUUCUGUGGGAACUAGUUUCGCUGGAUAAUGCGAUGGGAUUGACUUUAUUUGUAUUCUGGCUAUUUGAUUCUUUAUUAUGUGUGUUGUUUGUUACAUUUAUAGUUGGGAGAUCUAAGUUAGCAUGGGAUUUUGCUUUGACGGUGCACAUCAUCAAUUUGGUUGUCGUAUGGAUUUACACAGGUGCAUUUCCUACAUCUACACUAUGGUGGUGUUUGCAGGUUCUAAGUGCUACCAUAUUAGUCACAUUGUCCACAUACCUGACAAGGUGGCAUGAGUUGAGGACAACAUUCUUCGACAAUAUGAUGAGCCAGCAAAAUCAACAGGAAUUAGGGCAAAUUGAAAGUUUGCCCAUAGAAAUGCAUGAUUUCAGUAAAGAGUCGCUGUCCAAUGUCGACAGGUGA